AUGAGCGACAAAGCCGAGAUGAGAGGGCCCAUAACCCGGCGGAGGAGGACCACGAUCUCCGGCGGCGGAGGAGCGGUCGGCGUCAAACAAGCCAACGGGAGCAAGCAGGAAGAUGCCGGCGAGAAACCCCCGCAGUAUCCCGCUAAAACCAAGACGGACGAGGUGUCAAGGCAUGCUAGUAACGGGAAGGUGGGCAGAGAGAAGGGGCAGCUCUCGGACAGUCCGCGGAAACAGAGGAGCGUGGCAGAAGACAUCAACCAGAGACUCAGGUAGACGCGAUUCCCAAAAUACGUGUCCAGACAGCCUCAUUUCAGGGCCACAUCAAACCUUUACUACUGUCCUUAAUUCUGGGGUUACAUUCCUCGUUAAUGUGGGGGUGUCUUAUAUUUUCCUCCCUUGCUUGCUAAAUAUCUUGUUGGGUUUUUUUUUUACCAAGAGUUGAGUAUGAGGGAGAGAUCUGGCAUUAAAGAGACCACUGUCCUAAGUUAAACUAAAGAAUAGCAACAUACUGUCACACUUAGUGUUCAAUGAAAAAUGACUCAAUGAUGGGAAACAAUGGCAAUGCUGGGAGUUAAAGAAAACUUUAUUGUUGUAAUGAUUGUAACCCAGGAUGUUAUGGGUUUUAAUCUGUGAAAAACGCAAACUGCAUCAACUGUUUUUACAUGUAACCAGGAUAGUAAUCUCAUUCAGGAAUCAAACUCAAACACCUGGAAUUGGAAAAGAGCCCACUGCUUGGUGGUCUGAAGAAAUACCAGAAAGCUAUAUGAUUGAAAGCUAUCGCACAAACUUUAAGACACAUCAAUAUUGGUGAAAGGUGGUGUGCCUUAUCAUAUAGCUUUGUAGAAAGAACAAGUCAAGGAAUAUUGAGUGAGAGAGAAGACACAAUGCUGUGACCCUUACCCUUAAUACCCUGUUCAUCUGAUGCCUGACACAUCAAUCUUACAUUUAAAACAUGCAUUUGUUUGAGGGGGAACCUGCUUUAACUUACUAGUCUAACAUACCAAGACUCCAGCUAUGUUUUUACACGUUUUUCACCUUUUUGCUCAGUUAAAGUGAUAAUGCAACACUGUUUUGGAGUCUUGCCAUGGACGGGGUGAACUGUCACUUUCCUGUAUUACAGCAGAUGUGAAACAAUGAAGACACAUGCUUUUGCAACCCUGCGCUCGCUGACUACGUCCCUGCUUGCACGUUCUGCCUUGUGUGUAUAAUUGCACCCAUUGAGAAAUCCCUUCAGUCCUGUCUAGCUAGUUCUCCUUCACUUCCUCCUCCAUAACCUCACAUACGUUGUGUAUUUUCCUCUUGGGAAUUAUCCUCUGCUUUGUGUGACAGUCUUGUUUCUUCUAAACUGAGGGAGAAGUCCUCAUUUCUCCUUUUACCUCACUCUUCAAUCUUGACCCUGUUUUCUCCCUGUAAACACGGUUGUGUAAAAAUUCUUACUGGAUGAAUGGUUUCAGUUUAUCUAACGCUCUUUGCACAGUUGGAUCAAUAACUUUUUAACCUGAUGCUGUUGCAAAACAACACUAGCUUCCUUAUUUUGAUCAGUGUAUUUAAAGGCAGUAAUGCAAAAAAAUAAAUAGAUAAAUAUUGCAAUACAUGUAAUAUCUAAAAGUUAGAAUACGCGGUUGUUCUGAAAGAUACUAUGUGCCUUGCAGCUGAACAGUCCAGAAAGAAACAGUUUGACAAAUUGAACACAUCUGAACAAUACAAUUGUAGUGUUAGUGUUAAGAGUAUAAAGUGGCUCCCAUCACUGUAAUGUCAAAUGAGUGGAAUGUGACUAAUUUUCUCAGAGUUGGUGCAUCCUACUCUGACUCAUCUGUGGAGUAACCAUGACUCAUGAGUCUUGUCUUCAAUCCUGCUCUCCUCUCUCUCAAAUCAAAUACAAAUAUUUCACAGUCACCAAAUGCUCAGCCAGCCGGCCCGCUCUCUUGCCAUAAUUAAGCCUCUUCAAAAAUGCAUCCUAAUGUUUCCUUCACAGAGGUUUGACUACGACCAUGCAUAAUAAUUUUACUCCUAAGCUCAUGGAGAUGAUGUGGACGUACGGAAUUUAAAGAGCUUUAUGAUCAAUAAAACUGCUGACUAUGUGUUUCCCUCCAGCUGUCAUGUCCUCCAAGAGUCUCUCCUGAGCUCAGCCAGUGGCUACAGCAACUACAGAGGAAUCCUCAACUGGUGUGUGGUCAUGCUAGUGAGUAAAAACUACUUUACAUGAACUUUACUGAUACUUUCAAACUUAUAUUUGGGAUAAUCUGUUAAUUCUGGACGGUGAUGAUCUGCAGUUGACACCUUACUCCAUAUUUUAACUAAAUGAAUUGAUUCACUCUGGAAGUUUUACUCUGUUUACAUCAAUGAGUAAAUGUUAGUAGUAUUCUAUCUAUCUGUGAAGAGUGCAAAACAUGAGACACACCACCACAAAGUGCCAGCCAACACAGUACAGUACUCACAUAGAAACCGUUACAUCAACACUAUGUGACACAUAAAGGUUGCCUGUGAAAAGUCUGACAAGUUGCUUUUCAUGUUCUGUCUCUUCACACAAACCACAUAACCACACAUUCACCCAUGGCCCUGUCUAAACUUCCUGUAUUUUCUCCUUUACAACUCAGAUGAAGGGGUGUGUUUAUUUGUCACAGUUUAAUCUCUGUGAACUUUCACAGUCAUCAAAAAGCUGACAUUUCUAUGUUAACAGACUGCUCUGUUAGGCUGACAGUGAAUAUCUUAAGGACUUAUGUGACACUAAGGAACACGAUGAAUGUGAAAGCGGUGGAGGAAUUUUUAUCAUCCCUGAGUCAUUCGAGAGAGAUUAAAAAAUGUGAUUAUAGAGUACAAACUGAACCUUUGUGUCUAAUCCAUGUCCAUGACUAUUUCUUUAUUUAAAUCACAAGUUUAAUGUUAGGGAUAGUAGGGCUGGGCGAUAUGCCUCAAAUCAAUAUCAGGAUAUAAUGAGCAGUUCACCUCGAUAACGAUAAAUGGACGAUAACUACGAUAACUACUCCACAAGCUGCUCACCCCCUCCCACAUUAACUUUGUCUACUCUAGCCGCUACAACUUUUGAACUGUCCUCCUUCUCCUCACCUGUUUUUCCCUCUUUUUUUUAUGGACUGGAUGGGGUGGAGUCAUGUCUCUGAUGUAGGACAGCGUCUUAAAGGGACAUGAGAUCAUAGCCUACCUACACACAUCCAAAACCAACUUUUAUUUAUUUAGUUUUUUUGACACCAAUUAUACUGAUAUGGGCAAAAUGACGUUGGUUAUUGUCAUAAAUUUUGGUAUCGGUAAAUAUUCGAUUUAUCGCCCAGCCCUAAGAGUAUUAUUAUCACGCUUAUAUGCAUUUUAGAAUCCUGAGAGGGUGAGCAGGACCCCAUCAUCUGACUGAUGUCUUCCUCUACAAGCUGAGUCAACAUGCUUCAGCAGUGAACUUGUUUCUCUUCCCAAAAAUCCAAAACCAACAUAUAACUGAAAGAUGAAUCUUCCAGCAGGGUCAUUUUCAUGAAUAAUCCUGCAAAGAGCCUGUGUAUGCCUGACAGUCGGUGCUUACAAAUCUUAAGUAUGCUGGUAGGAUCUGAGAAGGAUCACUUGAAAGCUGUGUCAGAUGCCACUUUCAAAAUCGUAUGAGAGAAAUUAAACAAGCAGGAGCUCCUGUUAUCUCCUGUUUCACACAAUGUUGAGGCUGCAGUGGAAAGUAGGCCAGUUUUUAAGACGGACUGAGGUUGCCUUGAUGAGUGAGCUUUGUUCUGUUGAUUUAAUUUUAGAGUAUGUGCUGGCUUUUCACAAUCUUGCAACCCAGCCAAAUGCUAGCCUAAAGUUUCGGGUUAAAUAUAGAGUAAACAUUUCAAAAGCAGGUUUCACAGUCUCUCUGUGGAGGUUGCAGCACUGAUCACAGACGUGUCACAGUUAAAGACCGUCCCUUUGGGCUGAGGUCGCUUCAGGAUAAACAAACUUUCUGCUGUGGCUGAGUUAAAGCGUGUGUGUGAGCGUCUGUGUCUUCAAAAGCACCCUGCAGUGUCUCUAAACACCCAGUUUCUGUUCGUAUUUGGAUAAGCGUGGAGGAUACAAAUAGCCAGUUAGCUGUAAUCCUUAUGAAACUGAAAUGGUCAGACUAGGAAUCGACCUGUUAACAUGUGUGCAUGUGUAUCCUUGCAAAUGUGCGCAUCCAUGCACAUGCAUAGCCUAAUGCAAAAUGAUUCUUAUAACUUGUCCUUACAUUUUGGUAUAAUUUCAGUGUUUCUUUGUGAGUUUUGUGCAUUUACAAGCGCCUGUGUGUGCUCCGAGUGUGGUUGUGUGGGUUUGCACAAAUCAAGUCUAAUUUAGCAGCUGUGUGACAGGAUUAACCCCAUCUUUGAAAGAGUAUAUCUGCGUGACGACCAAGUCCUCUACUUCAUGGUCAGCUGGGACAGUUGAUGCUGCUCGCUUCAGACUGUUUUUAGGAAGUCUUUAGGAUUAGACCGUAAGACCGUAAAGUGGAACCAUUUUAGUGUGUAUGUGUGUGUAUAUGUGUGCAUUCAAUAGCUUAGUUGUGUAAUUUGUCCUUGAUAGCCAGGACAGUCGGCUAAAUUCCUAAAAAUUUCAUCUGCAGUAGAUGAGAGUUUCACUUCUCUUCAUUUUUACACCCUGAAUGUUGACAAAUUCAUGCACACUGAUGAAAUGUAUUUCCUGGUUUUUAAGUAUUAAAGAAACAUCUGCUGUAUUUAUCAUAUUGUCUUAAAGUUCUUGUAACCUUGCAGUGUUUUUUGACUGGUACCAGCCCAGUCUUGUCAAGCUAGUCGUGUUUGUUGUGACAGCAGCGUGCCUCACUGAUGUUAUCGGGUAACUAAGGAAACCGUGAAAAAAAUUGGACUAAAAUUAGGUGUUUUGCUGAGGCACUUUUAAACCCAGUCCUCGAAAAACCUUCUUGUCUGCGACGUAAAGUCUUGAGUGGUGACUCCUUGGAGACAAAUACCUCCACUACAGCUUAAUCAGCUCGUCAUACAGCAGCAUGUUUAAGGUUCACUUUGAGCGAGCUGCAGGAAUUAACCCGCAACAAGAAAUACUCGCAGUAUGUUAAGCAGAUUGACAUUGGUGCUGCAUAAUCCGUGAGCCCCCUGAUAGAUUAGUCUUUUAACAUGCUGUACCUUGGGGCCCUGGAUAAUAUGGAGGUGUAAAGCAGAAAUUAGAGACGUUUGGGAUAAAUCACAAUGAUGUUGAUACUUGAGAAACUAAAACCAUCCCAGCAUGUGAUGCGAAAACACAAUCGGUGCUUCAGCUGGUUCAUAUUGUCCUCUCUGAUGUGCAGCCAAACAUCCUGUGAAUGGAUUAAAUGACAAUGAGAGAAGUGUCUGACAGUGUGAAACCUUACAGUGCCAGCUGCUGUAAACACACAGUAUAUGCCUGUUAGUGUUCAGCUGGCUGUGAGCUGUAGAUUUGUCUUGAAGGCAGUGCAAAAUGUUCGACCAUUCAAGUCUUUGGUGGCAUCAGUUUUCCCAGGUCGGCUUUGUGUGUCAAGCUCUGUGUUCCGCCAACCGCAGUAGCUGUUGCUAUUUUUAAACGCGUCUCCUGUCUGUAGAAAGGGACACGGAAACACGAUUAAACUGGACAUGUCAUUUUGAAAAGUUCUAAUAGUUCCUGGUACAAAAAAAACCUCAUGAUGAGCGGAUAACUUUCAUCUGGUUCUCACUGCAUCACGUUUGUCACAGCAGGCUAAAAUGACAUUUCUUGACUGGAUACCACUUUAGCAGUUGUUUGUUCUGAAAUACACUUAUGGUGCAACUUAAGACACAUCAUCAGUGUUGGCACCUGGGUUCACUGGGUGUUUCGGGUCUUGCAACAGACACCCUCGCCCAGGGGACCCAGCCGGGGUGAUCAAGUCCCGGCUUGUGUCUUAAGAGCAUGUGUCCACGGAUCACCCCGUUUGAUCCACAGCCAUCUGGACGCCUUCUCUGCUGCGUCACAGAUGUUCUUAAUGGCUCGCCUGUUGUGCAGUCCCCCCAUUCCCAGCAUCUUGAGAGCCCUGAUGAGGGACUGGCCAGCGAAUCCUCUGCAUCCGACCUCGAUGGGGUUGCACCGGGUCCUCCAUCCCCUGCUUCGGCAUUCACUUGCCAGCUCCUCAUACUUGGCUUUCUUUCUCUCAAAGGCCUCCUCCAUCCUGUCUUCCCAGGGAACAGUCAACUCCAGCAGGACCACUUGCCUUGUUGUUUCAGACACCAGGACCAUGUCUGGCCUGAGCGUGGUCACUGCGAUGUUCUCCGGGAAUUUGAGCUGUCUCCCUAGGUCGACUUUCAGCUGCCAGUCACGGGCUGUUGCCAGCAGCCCCCCUGCUUGCCUCCUGAGCUGCUGCGGCUUCUCCCCAGCCUUAACGAAGGCGAUGGUCUGCCUUGAUGGUUGUGUGUGUUUGCUGGUGGAGAUGCCUGUGUUGAUGGCCUCCGCAAUGACCCGUAGCACUUGGUCAUGGCGCCAGCGGUAGCGCCCCUCUCCCAGUGCUCUUGGGCAGCAGCUCAAGAUGUGUUCCAGUGAUCCUGCUCUUUGGCAGAGAGGGCACAGUGGGUUCUCAGCCAAGCCCCAGCGGUGGAGGUUGGAUGGGCUUGGGAGGACGUCGUAGACCGACUGAAUGAGGAACUUGAUCCGGUGAGGCUCAGAGCGCCAUAGCUCUGACCACGAGACCUUCCGGGCAGCUGCCUCCUCCCAACGGGUCCACGCCCCCUGCUGCCGCAUCCCCACUGUCUUGCUGCAGCGGGCUUCCUCCACCCCUGCUCGGACCUCCUCCUGGAUCAGCUGACGCCUUUCCUUCCCCUUGGCCUUGUUAUAUGAAGGUCUCGGGUUGCUCCCAAGUCCUGCCCGUCCGGAUGCCACCGUUCCCACCAGCUCACUGUGCCGCAAGCGGGACUCAGCCUGAUCGACUGCCUCUUGAGCACACCACUUCCUGCCGGUCCUCACUUCUACACCUGCCGAGGAGACUUUGAUGUCACUUGAGUCCCUAUACAGCAGCACCUCUCUUGCACGGGUAACCAUAAACUCCUCCGUCAGACUGCUGAAGGGUAGGUUAAGUUUGUUGCUCUUCCCGUACAAUGCGAUGCUGCUGAGGCUUCGUGGUAGGCCCAGCCACUUCCGCAAGAAAGAGCUGACCUUCCUCUCGAAGCACUCGACGGUGGUCACAGGCACAUUAUAAACCAGCAGUGGCCAGAGAAGUCGAGGUAGGAUGCCAUGUUGGUAAAUCCAGGCUUUGAACUUGCCUGGUAGCCCCGACUUAUCCACUGCCGUCAGCCAGGUUCCCAACUCCUCUGAUGUUGCUUGGAGUGCUGUGGUGUCCUUCAAGGUGCAGUCGUAGAUCUUGCCCAGGCUCUUAACUGGCUUUUCACCCACAGAUGGAAUCAGGGUAUCUCCUAUUGAGAAGCGAAACUUCUCUGCGACCUUCCCCUUUCUCACCACCAGGGACCUGGAUUUGGCUGGCUUGAAGUUCAUCCGGGCCCAGCUGACGAGAUGUUCCAGGCCUUGGAGGAUCCAUCUACAGCCCGGGACAGAUGUUGUAGUCACCGUCAGAUCAUCCAUAAAUGCUCUGAUGGGGGGCUGUCGCGUACCUGAGUUGGUGAGUGGUCCUCUGCACUCCACCUCUGCUGACUUCACCAGCAUAUUCAUGGCCAAGGAAAACAGUACCACAGAAAUGGUGCAUCCUGUGAUAAUGCCCUUCUCAAGCCGAUGGAAUGCAGAUGUUAUUGUUCCGGAAGUGACUCUCAAACUGAAGCAGCUGUAGUAGUCCAGUAUGAGGUCCUUGAUCUUGCCUGGAACAUGGUGUCGGUCGAGCGAGAUUUCCACCAGCUUGUGUGGCAUGGACCCGUAGGCGUUGGCAAGGUCGAGCCAAAGGACUGCCAGAUCUCCUCUGCCUUCUCUUGCUUCCCGGAUCAGCUGGGUGACAACUCCUGUAUGCUCGAUGCAUCCUGGGACCUUUGGGACUCCUCCCUUCUGCACAGAGGUGUCGAUGUAAGUGUUCCUCAGGAGGAACUCCAUCAAGCGCCGGGCAACGAUGCUUAAGAAAAUCUUGCCCUCGAUGCUGAGGAGUGAGAUGAUCCUGAAUUGCUCGAUGGUGGUUGAGCUCUCCUCCUUUGGAAUCCAGACUCCCUCUGCAUGUCUCCACUGCUGGGCCACCUUCCCCCUUCUCCAGAUGACCCGGAGGAUUGACCAUAGUCGCUUCAAGAGUCUGGGGCAUCUCUUGUAGACCACAUAUGGCACUCCACUGGGGCCUGGUGCUGACUUGGACCUAGCUGCCUUGACAACCUCCUCAACUUCUCUCAAAGUUGGCUCCUUGGUGUUAAAUGCCGAGGUGGGUUCUGGCGGAGUUAUCAGGGUUCUGCAUGGCCCAAGAUCUUCUUCUCUUGCACUAUCACUGUAGGUGGUAUUGAGGUACUUGUUAACCUCGUCUUCAGUGCAGGCAAGGUGGCCACUUCUUUUCUGCCCGAGGAUUUUCUUGGUGAAGCCAAAGGGAUUUGAGAUGAAGGCUGCACGUCUCCUGGCCCUCUCUCUACCCCUUCUCCUAUGCCACUCUGCUCGACGGAGGAUGAUGAGCCUUUUCCUUAUUGUGCUGCGGAGCUCUGCCAGCCCGGCCUUCUCUUCCUCCCUUGCCACCUUAAACUGUCGUCCAAGCAGUUUAAGUUCCUGCCGCAGCUGGCUGAUCUUUACCUCCCGUCUGUUUGGCUCCCCUGGGCAUCUGGUUGGCUCCCCUGGGUGUCUGGUUGGCUGUUGUUCCUUUAUGCCGAACCUUUCAGCACCGAUGUUGAUGAUCAUCGCCGACAUUGACAGCAAUCUCUGGUCUGCAUCUCCCCUUGCAGUAGCGUCAAGGACUCGGUCCACGUCUUCAUCAAAUUGGAGCCACUCUCUUUCUUUGUUGGCUGCAGGCCACACGACCCGUCGAUGUUCUGAAUGCUUGAAACGAGGUAGGACUUGUGGGGCGUGGAGGGUCUGGGCACUGUGGGUUGACUCCUGGCCGGGCACCUCCUGCGUCUCACCAGGUUCUGGACCUGUGCGUUGCACCACCUGCUUCCCCGUCAAGCAUCUCAUUUUGGUCUGGUGGAUCUUCAGACCACGCGGGUUCUUGCAGACCUUGCCGCAUGGACAGACUGCGCUCGUAGUCAUUUUUCCGUUCCGCUUCGUUGCCUGUUUGUCAGUCCUGUUGGGGUGCUCAUCCUCCCCCCCUCUCGGGCACCCCUGGGGGUAUACUUCGUCAGGGCUUUUCGUAGCGUGCUUGUGGGUGCUCCCUCACAGGAGCUGCAGUUUGGGUUGCUGGCCCUCCCUGCCCCGGUUACUGUCUUUCCAGUUGUCAGCUGACUCUCCAGCAGUCACCAUACUGUUCAUGGUCGUCAUCCGGCCUAUUCCCGGAGGUCACUGGCAUGGCCAGAUCAACUAGUUCUGAAAUACACUUAUGGUGCAACUUAAGACACAUCAUCAGUGUUGGCACCUGGGUUCACUGGGUGUUUCGGGUCUUGCAACAUACACCCUCGCCCAGGGGACCCAGCCGGGGUGAUCAAGUCCCGGCUUGUGUCUUAAGAGCAUGUGUCCACGGAUCACCCCGUUUGAUCCACAGCCAUCUGGACGCCUUCUUUGCUGCGUCACAGAUGUUCUUAAUGGCUCGCCUGUUGUGCAGUCCCCCCAUUCCCAGCAUCUUGAGAGCCCUGAUGAGGGACUGGCCAGCGAAUCCUCUGCAUCCAAUCUCGAUGGGGUUGCACCGGGUCCUCCAUCCCCUGCUUCGGCAUUCACUUGCCAGCUCCUCAUACUUGGCUUUCUUUCUCUCAAAGGCCUCCUCCAUCCUGUCUUCCCAGGGAACAGUCAACUCCAGCAGGAAAAUGUUUAAGAAAAUGCAAAGAAAAAAUCUGAGGAAGUUGCAGGACUUUGAAUUCCUGCAGAGUGUUGCCAUUAAUCUACGACCCCUGAUAAUGCAAAGUUGUAUUUGAUGUUGCAAAAAUCAGGGUUAGCACACUCUUUCAUAGUCAAAGUCAUUCUGUUUUAAGUGACGGUCCUCUCUUGUCCGUGCUGGAGGUCACUGAGGCAAAGGUCCCUGAUCCGUACAAAAGGCAUAGUUGAAUCAAAACCACAUUGCUGCAUACUCUUGGCAGGCCCGCAGGCCGUGGUGCAACAUGCCACAUUAUCACCGCAAUGCGACCUUAUCAUGUGUCAAACCCUCACUGUCCUCAUCUUGACCGUUUCUAGAAAUUACAAAUUGAAAACACCACAAAAAGGACAAAGUAAACAUGUCCUGUUCACAUGCAGCGCUGAUAAUCUGUGUUAGUGGGUUUUAUCUCAGAGAAAUGUAGAUAAGGUAAGCCUGAGAACAACUCUGGCAUUGAACUUGGAUACACAAUAUAAUCAUAAACCUACUUUUAACAGAGUGAGAGGCAGGAGGGUGUGACGGAAACAAAGGUUCAAAAGCUGCAGGAACAUUUUACAACCAAUUUUUGAUCUGAUCCAUGCCACCAUUGAUCAAUCAGUUGAUAGAUAAGUAUGCAGACACACUCAAGCCCCAAAGCUAACAAUAGCCAUAAAGGAAUCACUCAGAUUUAUAGCAGAUGUGUGUAACUAUAUAUGAGAAAGAAUGAGUGGCGAUGAACAAAAUAUGUGACCUUUGUUGACAGUGUGAAUUUAUAAUCUGAUGCUUGUUGUUUGUCCAACCUUUCAGGUGCUGAGUAAUGCACGCCUCUUCCUUGAGAACAUAAUAAAGUAAGUAUUAGAAUCAGACAGAUGGUUAUAGUCCACAAAUAUUCAGUGAGAAAGCUGGCUAUCAUAUUUUACCUCAUUUUACUGCAUACAUUUUUAGAUGCCGUCUCAAAAAAAAAAGUUAAAAAAAACAACUUUAAGCUUUAUUAGGAUAACUGCAUUUUGUAUUUCAAAUUCACAGAUUGAAGUAUAAGUAAGCAUGGUUGUCUAAAAUGUAUUUAAAACUGAACUAAAAGGGGAUACACACCUAAUAUAAACAUUUUAAAAUCAACAUCAAGUGCAUCAAUGAAUUCUUCUCUUUCCCCUCAUGCAGGUAUGGUAUUUUGGUGGAUCCUAUCCAAGUGGUGUCUCUCUUCUUAAAGGACCCCUACAGCUGGCCAGCAGCCUGCCUCAUUAUUGGUAUGAAGCCCUCAGUUUAACGUCUUCAUUGUGUUAAUAUCACCGUAACAGGUGUGUCCUCCUUCCAUGACCUUUCUGUUGAUAUUCAACCUGAGCUUGGCAAAUAAUGGUUGGACCUUUACUUCUUGAUCUCAUAUCAGCAAAUAUAAGGUGCUAAUGUUGACUGUAAUAAAAGGUGUUUCACCACCUUUCUGCCUGUUGGCCUCCACUGUCUUCAGCCUGCUGCCCCAGCACACGACAGAAAACUAGCUUGCACUGGCCUAACCCUAACCCUAACCCUAACAACAGACUCCAAGAAAAUCCUCAGCCUCCUCAGGAAGUAGAUGUGGCUCAGGCCCUACUUGUAGGCAGCUUCAUUGUUCUUAGCUCAGUCCAGUUUAGUCCCCAAAUUUACCCCAGCUAUGCGCAGUCCAAGCUGACAUCCUGGAUGAAAAAUAGGGGUCACCAAAAAGUAUUGUUCCUGUGUUGAUUAUUCUACAACAGCUUUUUUGAAUAUCCUUUCUUUAUCGUUCUUAAAGGAGGUUCACUCUUUGGAACAGUAUUUAUUCAGGCAACAACAUGCCUUAUCAGUAUAUCAGUCAAAUGAGUCAAUAAACGUAUAUCUCCUUGUGGGAAACAAUGGGAUGGGCUGGGACAUGUAAAGUAACUUUAACAAUCAAUCAAAAUAAUCUGCUGCUAUUUAAACAAACUGUUGAACUAUUGUCUGAAUCUUUCCUGGAAAAAGAGUGUUAUCUUUUACUUGUUUCUCUGUUUCUGUCUGUGUGAAUUGAAUUUACACUUGGAACAUAAUGAACUCAACCUGUUGUGGUUCAUAUGUGUCUGUGUAGAAAAUGACUCCGGCUCUCUGCUUUGUGUUUCAGUGUCCAAUGUCUUCAUCCUAGCAGCCUUGUACACAGAGCGACGGCUGGCUGUGGUGAGUUUUUCUUAUCAUUUGCAUAUUUUUCCUCAGGUGCAACAAAAGCUCUUUUACAUUUUUGAACUUGUAAGUCAGCUGUUACAGACGUGACAGUCCUCUGAUUCUUAAAUUAGAUUUGCUUUUGUUCUUCUCAGAUCGAUUUAGUCUGUGCUUGUUUUAAAUUUAUAAUGUAAGGAUUUCUUCUCAAGGAUGUUUACUUGAAACAGAUCCUUGAGCUUACACUGUGAAAUCAGUGACACACCUCUCUUCAUACCUGCUCUGAACUCUGAUAAGAAAAGCACUUUGGCUUCAGUUAAGACAAACAUGAUGUGAAGCAUUUACAUUCAGCUCGGUGUUUUCAAAAUAAAAGUCAGAUUUGGUCUAAUCUUGUGAAGUAAAGAUGCUGUUUUCUCUCAAAUGACAUGGACUAAUCAUGGAAACUAAGAGAUCAAAUAAUUCACAGUGAUAUCACUCUUUCUGUUUGUCGUUUCAGGGCACCAUUUCUGAAACAACAGGACUGAUUCUUCACUUUUUUAAUCUGGCAUCCUUGUUGAUAUUUCCCUCAGCCUCUGUACUCACUGUAGACUCCAUAACUCCAGGUACAUGUUCACUUUUUUUGUAUUUAUGCACAGUCACAAAGUAUUAUUGCAUUUAUUCAGGGUAUCCUCAGGGUCUUAAAAAGCUGUAAAACGUCUCAAAUCCAAUAAUUUGAAUUUAAGGCCUUAAAAUGUCUAAAAUUCUCUUAAAAUCUCAUAAAACGUCUGAAAUACAAUUUUGAAAGGUCUUUAAAAUGUGUCAACUCUACUUACAAAUGAAUAACGUGCCAGAGGAAUAAGAAUUGAUUUGAAGUAAAGUAAGAUGUUCCGAUUUCCCUUCAUGUUUUUUGUACUUUUUUGUCAGUAUGGAUAUUAAAUAGGUCUGAAAUUGCAUUUAUUAUGGUCUUAAAAAAGUCUUAAAAAGUCUUAAAUGUGAUUUGUUAAAACCUGCAGAGACCCUGUUAUUACUCAGUCAAUGUGUGUGUGUGUGUGUGUUGUCAGUGGGUGGUGUGCUUUCCUUAGGAGUCUACACUGUGUUGUUUCUCAAGCUGUACUCCUACCAAGACACCAACAGGUGGUGCAGAGAAAUCAGGCACGCGAAAGCCAAGAGACUAACACGGUCAUACUCAUGUAAGUACGUCACCAAGCACAUGAACUUAGACACAAGUUAUUGAAACCGUGAGUGGGCAAAAACAGGCGGUAUUUAGAGUGAGGUAUGAGUUAUAAGGUAAGAGGUGAAUCCUGGAACUGUACUCAUCAAUGUAAAAGGAUGUGAAGGACUAAAAAGGAUUUCAGGCCAUUUUCUUAUGUAUUAUUGUUCUAUUACUGCCAUCUACUGGGGAGAAGCAGCUCUUGGCUGACACAUAAAUCGUGACGCACACAGUCAGAGAUCAAAGUCGUGCGUCUUCAACAGCUGUUAUCACCCUCUGCUUUUUGAAGCUAUUUAAAUCCUAAAUGCAACUUGAUGACUUUAUAUUCUGAAGGAGCUCAGACAGACAUAGAGAAGUGCAUGAGACCCAAAACUGUCAUUAAGUGCUGUUAGGGAGACUUGUCUGACUGUUAAAGAAAAAAUGUGGUUACGUGCUAGAGUAAAAGUGCGAAUUGACUACUUUCACACUUUUAUUUGCAUGUGUUUUCAGGUCCGAAUGUGGCACAGUCCAAUGGUUCAGCAGUUCAGUCUCAUGUCUCCUACCCUGGCAACCUCACACACAGAGGUAUCCUGCCACAGCCCUGUUUUAAAAUCAAAGUUUGAAUCAAAAACACCUUAUUUCAUAGUUAUAAUAUUUAUUUUAAGUUUUCAAGUGUUCUGUCUUUCUUUAUCUUUAGAUAUGUACUACUUUGUCUUUGCCCCAACUCUGUGUUACCAGCUCAACUUCCCUCGUUCACCUCGUAUACGUAAAAGAUUUUUGAUAAGAAGACUUUUUGAAAUGGUGAGAGGUCACUUCAAUGUUUAUUUGCCGAUGACAUAAACUUUGGAUGAUGAUAUAUGUUUUUAUAUAUCUUUUGUAGCUUUUCUUCAUGCAGUUGUUGGUGGGAUUGAUACAGCAGGUAAGCCAAACAUAGUCAGGAUCACAUCACUCAGACAAAAAUCGGCGGUGUUAGGAGGAUUCACAGUUCUCCACAUACUGGCUAACCUUAAAAUUCAGAGCAAAAUAAUAUUGCAAAGUUAAAUGAUGUACGAUCUACCUUUCUAAAUCUGUCAUUAUCGAUAGAACAAUGCAAACUAAAGCCAUUUCUGUUUGUGGUCAACAGUGGAUGGUCCCCACCAUACAGAACUCGAUGAAACCGUUCCAGGUGUGCACACUCACACCCACAACCUCCCAAAAUAUGAGCUCAUUAUAUUCACCUGGAGCAGAACACUGGUAUUUAUAAGAUGUUUUUGAUUGCCUCUUUCAGGAAAUGGACUUUUCUAGGAUGGUUGAGCGCCUCCUAAAGUUAGCAGUGAGUAUCCUUAUGUUCUGGACUUAGAAAUCUAGCUUUGUACAGUCUUAUCACAAGAAAAAAAUGAACACACCCUUCUCCUCUCUUCUCUUCUCUUCUCUUUUCAAGGUCCCAAACCAUUUGAUAUGGUUAAUAUUCUUCUAUUGGUUUUUCCACUCCUCUAUGAACUUUGUGGCAGAGCUGCUGCAGUUUGGAGACAGGGAGUUCUACAGAGACUGGUGGUGAGCACACACACACAAAGUCUGCACUAAAAACACACCUUCAGGUCAAAACAAAGAAAAACAGAGACAAGAGCUGCACUUGUGUUGAGUGUGUCCCAUGUAAUAUUUUAACAAGUAUUUAUAAUUUUGAUGUGAGAUUCUCAGACUUUGUUGUUCUUGUUCGCUUCAGGAACUCUGAGACAGUCACGUAUUUUUGGUCCAACUGGAACAUCCCGGUUCACAAGUGGUGCCUGAGGUGAGUAUCGAACUCCGACCGAACAAGACUGAAUGUUUUUCGAUUUUGUUUGCUUGUUUUUCUAAGUGUUACAUCUAGUGUCUUUGUGUCUCUUACAGGCACUUUUAUAAACCAAUGCUGAAAAAGGGGGUCAACAAGUUUCUGGCUCAAACAGCUGUCUUCCUGGUGUCUGCCUUUUUCCACGAGGUAAAAAGCACAACUUAGUCAUUCCUUAUGUGAUCAAAAGCACUAAACAAUUCCACCUCUCUUGAUCAACCUAAAAAAAACAGGAAGAUUUUUGUGAUACGAAUUACAUAUUGAAUUGUUUGCCUGAAAUAUUAUUAAAAACUGCUGGAAAAAUAUGCAACUCCUCUGGUGACGUUUGACGAAUCCUGACUACUAAAGCUUCAUGCAUUAAUGAUGUUUUUCUUCUGUUUCUUCCUCAGUACCUCGUGAGUGUUCCCCUGAAGAUGUUCAGACUGUGGGCUUUUAUGGGAAUGAUGGCUCAGGUAAGACACGUCCGUUUCUGUUGAAUUUAUCCCUUAACCUACAGCUUGUGGACAAACACACUCCUGAUCUCUCACACCCUCAGGUCCCUCUGGCUUGGUUUGUGGGUCGCUUCCUGAAUGGCAACUAUGGCAACGCCGCCGUGUGGAUAUCACUCAUCAUUGGCCAGCCUGUUGCUGUGUUGAUGUACGUCCAUGACUACUAUGUCAUUCAUUACGGGGGCGCCACAUAG